AUGUGGGAGUUCAGGUCGAUGUCGUUUUGGCGGGCGGUGUUCGCGGAGUUCUUCGGCACCAUGUUCUUCGUGUUUUUCGGGCUGGGCGCGGCCCUGCGCUGGACGGCGGGCCCGCACCACGUCCUGCACGUGGCCUUCUGCUUCGGGCUGGCGGCCGCCACGCUCAUCCAGUCCAUCGGCCACAUCAGCGGCGGCCACAUCAACCCGGCCGUCACCUUCGCCUACCUGAUUGGCUCGCAGAUGUCCCUGUUCCGCGCCGUCUUCUACAUGGCGGCCCAGCUGCUGGGGGCGAUGGCGGGCGCCGCCGUCCUCUACGGGGUCACGCCCCACAACAUGCGGGGCACGCUGGCGCUCAACACGCUACAGCCAGGCGUUAGCCUGGGCAUGGCCACCACCGUGGAGGUCUUCCUCACGCUGCAGCUGGUGGUCUGCGUCUUCGCCGUGACUGACGAUCGCCGCAACGGCCGACUGGGCUCUGCAGCCCUGGCCAUCGGCUUCUCCGUCACCAUUGGCCACCUGAUGGGGAUGUACUACACUGGAGCUGGGAUGAACCCUGCCAGGUCUUUCGCCCCAGCUGUGAUGGUCAGAAACUUUGUGAAUCACUGGGUGUACUGGGUGGGUCCCAUGAUUGGAGGUGCCAUGGGCGCGCUGUUGUACGACUUCAUGCUCUUCCCUCGCAUGCGGGGUCUGUCCGAAAGACUGGCCACCCUGAAGGGCAGCAGGCCCCCGGAGUCCGAGAGCCAGCAGGACCCCCGCGGUGACCCCAUCGAGCUGAAGACCCAAGCCCUAUAA